CCGGACCUCGCCCUCGAGCUGGACCUCGCCAUCGCGGCCGUCCCUCUUCCAGGCGGCGGCGCGGCCCGGGAAGACAUUCACGCCUGGCAGCGGCGGCGGCUUGUUUCAUUCGGAAACUCUGCUGCGUACGGCAGCUUGCCGAUCGGCAGCCUGCCGGUCUCUCUCCCGCCUACCCCACCUGGACCCGACCCGUCGUCGCUUCCCGUCGGCAGCCUGCCAAUGUCCCUCCCGCCUGGACCUGAGCCGAUCUCUUUCCCAACGGAACCCUCGAUAGCAUCGCUACCCGGCUCCCUCCCUCUCUCGCUGCCAGCGUCGUUCCCGGCCACGCCGUCCCACGUCCCGCCGAUGCCGUCCAUUACUUCUGCCUUGCCGUCGUUUGCGCCUCUGCCCUCGAUCCCAUCAACGCCGUCCCACGUCCCGCCGAUGCCGUCCAUUACUUCUGCCUUGCCGUCGUUUGCGCCUCUGCCCUCGAUCCCAUCAACGCCGUCCCACGUCCCGCCGAUGCCGUCCAUUACUUCUGCCUUGCCGUCGUUUGCGCCUCUGCCCUCGAUCCCAUCAACGCCGUCCCACGUCCCGCCGAUGCCGUCCAUUACUUCUGCCUUGCCGUCGUUUGCGCCUCUGCCCUCGAUCCCAUCAACGCCGUCCCACGUCCCGCCGAUGCCGUCCAUUACUUCUGCCUUGCCGUCGUUUGCACCAGUGCCAGUCUCGCUGCCGACGUCGCUCCCGGUCACGCCGUCCUUCGUGCCAUCCUACGUGCCGCCCUACGUGCCAUCCGUCGUGCCACCGGUGCCACCGAUGCCGAUGCCCUCGGUGGCCUCGCUCCCAGUGCCGCCGCAACCCCCGCCUUCGCCCCCACCCCCGGCGUCGCCGUCACCGCCGCCGUCGGCAUCGCCCUCACCGCCGCCGUCGGCAUCGCCCUCGCCGCCGCCGUCGGCAUCGCCCUCGCCGCCGCCGUCGGCAUCGCCCUCGCCGCCGCCGUCGGCAUCGCCAUCACCGCCGCCGUCGGCAUCGCCAUCACCGCCGCCGUCGGCAUCGCCUUCGCCGCCGCCGUCGGCAUCGCCCUCGCCGCCGCCGUCGGCAUCGCCCUCGCCGCCGCCGUCGCUGCCGCCCUCGCCGCAGCCCUCGCCACCGCCGCCGCAGCCCUCGCUGCCGCCGCUCCCGAAGCAGCCGCCGCUCCCGAGGGAGCCUCCGCUCCCGAAGGAGCCUCCGCUGCCAAACGCGCCUCCUCUCCCGGAAGCACCCCCGCUUCCCAAGGCGCCUCCUCCCGCGCCGAUCAAGGUUGUUCCGCUGCGGGGGACAGCCAGGGUCGUUGGCAACCUGCAGGGCUGCACCGUCUUCGCCGACUACAACGGCAACGGCGAGCUCGACGAGGGCGAGCCGACGGCCAAGGACAAGACGGGCGAGAGCGGCACCUUCCUCGUCGAGGUCGAGGAGGACAAGGCCGAGAGCAUGCCGCUCGUGGUGGCGCGCGCCGAGACGUGCGUCGACGUGCUCACCGGGGUCCCGCUGCGCGCCUCGCUCUUCACGCCGCCGCAGUGCCGUGGCGGCUUCAUCACGCCCCCCACCGACAGCCUCCAUCGCAGCGCCGGGUCCAGCAGCGUGUUCCCGUUCGACCCGUGCGUGUACGACGUGGUGCGCGAGACGAAAGCCUUCAUCUCGUCGGGCCAGGCGGGACGCCGCCGCCUGCAGGCGGUCGCGGAGGACGAAGUCUACUCGGGCCUGUACGCGUACUGGAUCGCCACCCUCUCCCCGAGCCUCAUCGGGUCCGCCAUCUCCGACAUCGCCGGCCCGUGCGACGACCCUCCGGCGGACUUUCCGACCGCCGACGGCGCGGUGCAGGAUGCUGUCGGGGCCGGCAUCACCGCUGCAGGCGGCAGCGAGCCGUACUGGACCCCCCCGGACACGGGCAAGGUGUUUGAUCGGACCGCGGGCGUCGGCUCGCUCGUCGACGCGGCGACCAGCGCCACCGGCACAACCCUCGGCGAGACCAUCGAGGAGUGCCUGGCCGAAGACGGCGAGGAGCUCCUCCGCUCGCUGCAAGAGCCGUCGGCGCUCCAGCC